GAAAUCUUUAAAACGCUUCUGAUUGGCUCGUCCAUAAAUUAGAGUCUCGCCUUUAUUUGUAAAAUUGAGGAUAUUUCGAUGAGACAUAGCUUUUAACGCAUGAGUCCUGUCUGAAUUCAAGAAACGGUCAUUUGCUCAUUGAUUAUCAGUAACGUUAAAACUGCUGGCUCCACAGAGUCGCUACUAACAGAACAGUAGUCAUGAUCGUGUACAAUGUCAGCGGUUGUCGGAGUAGCUAUGUCGAUUAUCCGUCAUAUAUGAACAUCCAGAGUCGUUGCUUAUUCUACUCUUUCUGAAGAUACCAAUUAGUAACCAGUCAGCAUUAACGCAGAUCCUGGUAACUUCAGAUUUAAUUGAUUCUCGAUUAGUAGUUUACUCACAAAUUAUUUUUAAUUUCGAUAUUCACAUUUUCAGAAUCUUAUAUACACCUCAACCAAUUUUGUACUUGCUUUAGCUUCUCAUCAUUGACCGAAUACAGUGAAGACUAUAGUUCGUAAAAUUCGACCUAGUUGUUCAAUACAGAUGGAUCUGAUUUGUGAUGUACUACGCACAAAAUUAAGAGGAAAUCAACAUCGCCUCCUGUAUUUUGAUAAAGAGUUGAAAUAUUUACAGGACCUUAUCACAUCCACAGUUUCAAAAGGUGAAAGUAGCUCCAUAUUGAUAAUCGGUAGAAGAGGUGUUGGUAAACAUCAUCUAAUCAAAGAAGCAAUAAAGAAAGCAAAAGAAAACUCAAAUAUUGGCUCUGGGAUUUCUGAAGUUUACUUAAACGGUUUAAUUCAUACAGACGAUCGUUCUGCUAUGAAAUCACUAGCUAAACAACUACAUAAUGAAGCCCUAUUAAAUAAUCUAGUCCAAUCAGACUUUAAUCCAACUUCUGAUUUUCACAACAGUAUGAAAAAUUUGCCUUUUUCUCAACAGCUCAAUUUAUUCUUAAAUGAGGUCCGUCAAAAUCAUGGGACUCGAAAAGCUGUUCUAAUUGUCCUGAGUGAAUUUGAUCUUUUUGCUUUACAUCAUAAUCAGUUGUUGUUGUACAAUUUAUUCGAUUGUUGUCAAUCUCCUGAAUCUCGUAUUUGUAUCAUUGGGCUAACAUGCCGUUUAGAUGUUAUGGAAUUAUUAGAAAAACGAGUUAAAUCAAGAUUCUCGCACCGUCAAAUUUAUCUUACAUCACCUGGAGCACCAAUUGAGAAUACUGAUUCUUAUGCAUCUGACAACAACGACAGUAACAAUAAUUCACGAUCUGAACCAUUUAAACGAUUUUGUGAAAUUUGUAAACAUUUGUUAAGUGUUGAUAUUCAUGAUCUACCACCACAAUUAUCACCAUUAUUGUGUAAAUCCAACUCUAAAGAGUAUCAUGAAUUAGAGUUGUCAAUUAAAUCAUGGAAUCAUCAUAUUACAAAAUUAAUGGUUGAUGAAAUUGUGAUUGAUUCGUUAAGACAAGCAUGGUCUAUUUCAGUGAGCAUUAAACGUUUGGUCAAUUUGUUGAUUCCAAUAGUUGCUUCGCUUGGACCUGAACACGAUCGUAUUGAACCAGUGCAAUUUAUAGAAUCUUUAUGUACAUUACAACAAGAUUCAAAGCUCACUGCACUGAAGGGUUGUUCCGUAUUGGAGCUAUUUUUAAUUACUGCCAUGGUCAAACUUCAAGAUAUGAAUGAUGGAAAACCGGUUAACUUUGAGAGUUUGUAUUCUGAAUACUUAAAGUUUUGUCGUUCCAAUUGUCCUGGUCAUUUAUACGAUAAACCGGUUGUUAUGAAAGCACUAGACAAUCUGAUUGACUUUGAACUGGUUAUAUCUGGUAAAGCUGCAAUCACUGCAUCCACUGGUCUAUCGACCGCUGGAUCCAACAAUAAGGCCAUUUGGAGUUCAUCAUCUACUUUACCAAAUUAUCGUCCAUUAUUUUGUUAUGUAGACAGUGAUAUUCUCACCGCUUGUUUAGAUACUUAUCCGAAUUGUCCAGUUGAAUUGCGAUAUUGGAUACAUUCAAGGACGUUUUGAUUAAUUUCUGUUAUUUUCCACGUCUUUUUUCCGAAAAAUGUUUACAUUACAUUAGAGUGUAAUAUUAUGUGCAAUUGUACAAAGUCCAUUCAACAGUGUUUGUUUAUUUCUAUUCAAUUGUAAAUCUUCUGUGAAUAAAACCAUCAGAAAGUUUUGAUUAGAAAAGCCAAAGUUGGAUUUCAGGAACAACUGAAGCCACACUUAGGCAUUUUCGAAAACGAGGCUGACCCAGAUGUUGCUUGGGAAGAUGUACGAACAGCUACGACAUUUUUUAGUGAUCUGAACCAAAGGGUUACGGAAAACCAGUAGAUUUCUGCGACAUCUAUUGCACUGAUAGACUACCGUAAACCUAUCCUAUCAUGCUCCAAACACGAUGAAGAGCGAAAACAAAUCACAUCUAAGCUAACCAAAAGUCUACGAAACGAUCGUGAGUGGUUGGCAACGAAAGCAAAAUAGAUGGGAAGACAGUAGAUGUAGGUGACACAAGACAGCUUUUCAGACUAAUAAAAGAAACCGGAUUUAGGAAGUUAAGUUUGAGUGAGACAAUCACGGAGAAUGACGGCACUUUUACAUGCUCUCAGUCUAGAGGUUUGAAACUGAAUGGAAAACUUUAAGAUGCAGUUCAGCUACUUUACAACUAUUCACUAUUUCCAAACAGCCUGAAUGGGACAUUAAAAUAGGUCCCCCGACUGUAAUAUAAGUUCCAAAAGCUAUAAACAAUCUGAAAUGAGGAAGAGCAGCUGACCCAGAUGGAUUAACUCCAAAGGUCUUUAAGGAUGGUGGUCCAGUUUUAGCGAUUAGGUUGACUAAUAUUUUAGCUAAGGUCUGGGAGUUGGACGUGAUCUCAUCUGACUGGUCACAAUCACUUAUCGUCCCAAUAUAUAAGAAAGGGUCAAAAUUAUCCUGUGACAACCAUAGAGGGAUUAGUUUGACUAAUAUAGCGUCUAAAAUACUAGCCUCAAUAAUUAUCGGGCGCCUAACUAGGACUCGUGAACUGCAAACACGUGAAAAUCAGGCUGGCUUCAGACCUGAUCGUGGCUGCAUCGACCACAUAUUCACCAUUCGUCAGGUUCUAGAACAUAGGUAUCAUUAUCGGCGUCCGACAAUAGUAGUCUUUCAUGACCUGAAGGCAGCAUUUAACUCGGUAGACCGCGAGAUUCUGUGGCAGUGUCUGUCAUUGGAAGGCGUACCUCAGAAGUACAUAAACCUUGUGAAGGGUCUUUACUCGAACACUACUAGUCGAGUGAGAGCUUACGGCGAACUGUCAUCUGAUUUUGCAACCUCAAGUGGUAUCCGUCAAGGCUGUCGACUUUCUCCAUUUUCAUUCAACUUCAUCAUAGGCAUAGUGAUGGAAAUAACGCUCUCAUCGACUGAAUUUUCGGGCAUUGAUCUCCUUCCAGGGAAUCCACUUAGCAAUCUAGAUGACGCUGAUAAAAUGCAGAGUCUUGAUAACACUGAGCAACAAUGCCAGAAUGUUUGGGAUGCGAUUCUCAUCCUCUAAAUGCAAGUUGUUGCUUCAGGACUGGCCUGCGUCAACACCUGAACUAAGGAUAGGGAGUGAAGUAGUCGAACACGUCGACAACUUCAUUUAUAUUGGAAGUUUGGUCGACCCUAAUGGGUUAGGGUCUGACGAAAUAUCAGCACGGCUUCAAACAGCUCGUUUGUCUUUCGCCAACUUACGUCACUCAUGGCGAAUGCGAGAUAUCCGUCUUUCAAUAAAAGGACGAGUAUACUGCGCGGCAGUCCGUUCUGUCCUACUUUACGGCUGCGAAACGUGGCCAUUAAGAGUAGAAGAUACUCGUAAGCUACUAAUAUUG